CGUGACGAAUGUAUUUACCAUAUUUCCCCGCGUUACCUACGUCCCGUCUUCGAAAGACAGCAGAAAGAAGAAGUAAGCGGGCAGUUUCUGCACAGCUCUGCGGUUCACUGGUUAAUAUUUGAGCCGUGUUGUGUUCAGAAUGCAUCCUGUAAUGGUGUACAUUCCGUCCUUCCGUUCGGAGGACAACGCGGUGGAGAAGGGCUACACGGUGUUUAAGAUCGAGGUGCUGAUGAGCGGCCGGCAGCACACUGUGGAGAAGCGUUACAGCGAGUUCCAUGCCUUGCACAAGAACCUGAAGAAGGUAAUAAAGCCCCCAGAAAUACCCUCCAAGCAUGUCCGCAACUGGGUGCCCAAAGUCCUGGAACAGAGGCGACAGGGACUGGAGCAGUACCUGCAGACUAUAAUCACGGAGAAUGAAGUCCUUCCAAAAAUAUUUCUAGACUUUCUCAAUAUUCGUCACUUUCCCUCCUUACCAAAGACAGAGAGUUGUGGAUCAUUUGAAACGGAAUCUGAAGAAUCCAGCAAAUUAUCGCAUCAGCCUGUGCUGGUCUUCUUGAGGGACCCUUACGUUCUUCCCGCCAGUCAUGAUUCUUUUUCAAACGUGGUCAUAGAGGGUGUAAUCCAUGGAAUAUUCUUCCCGGACCUGCACCCGAGGUAGAUUAUGGAUCAGCUGUGAAGACUGACUAAGAUGAAAGGGAAUAAACACUAUAGUGCAUUGUGUGCAAAUAAAGAGAAUAUUAAAUUUAUUAAAUAACAUUUCAAUUUAUACAUUGACCAAGGAAACAUUUUAAAAUGUGAAAAAUGGGGUGAAACUGACAAACGAACUAACGAUGAAUCUUAUGCACUCACUCUGAGACCAGCAUCCCCCCCCGCUUUGGCUGACGUGCACUGUGUUGAGCCAUCUGCACAGCUUGUUUUACUCAUGGAAAAAA